GUAACAUUGCAGCAUUAGUCGAGGCGAGAGGCGAGUCUUCCGGUGGAAACAGGAAAUGAGAAAUGGAAAUACUCAAGGGUUUUUACUGGAGUGGAAUUAAACACACAAUGGGAGCGAAAGUGAGAAACCCGUCACAGAUACUGGCAGUGUGGCUCGGAUUUCAGCUCUUAUCUUGGGCUGCUGUUCCAGGGUCAGCGGUGGACGUUUACACUCCAGCAGAGCUCUUUGUUGAAAACGGGACGGAUGGAACUCUCCGAUGUACCUUCACAUCCAAGGACCUGGUCAGCAGCGGAACCUCCUUAUCCUGGGACUUUCAUCCUGAGGGGGGAGGAGACACGGUCUCUUUGUUCCACUACACGGGAGGGAAGCCCUAUUUCGGGAAAACCCCCCAGUUCAAAGACAGGGUGUUGUGGGUUGGAGACCUGAACAAGAAAGACGCGUCCAUCACCAUAACCAAAAUGAUAUUCAAGGACAACGGCACCUACUCCUGCAUUGUGAAAAACCCCCCUGAUAUUGAUGUCAAGCCGAGUAGUAUACAUCUUCAAGUUGUGGAGAGAGUUUCCGUUGAAGGGUCUCUCCCCCUGUCCAACGCUGGCGUGAUUGCGGGAGCAGUGAUCGGAGCCAUCCUGGGGUUACUCAUCAUCCUGGUCAUUGUGUUUUACCUGCUGGUCAGAAGGAAGCAGGCCAGUAAGGACUACAUUGGCUGCAGCUCCUCUGAAAGCGUGGUUCCUCAAGAGACGCGGGCGCUGAAGAAAGAGGGCUCAGAUAAAGAGGACUCGAGAUGUAGCAGUCCCUCCGGCCCUGCACAGGGCCCAGUAAUUUAUGCUCAGCUGGAUCAUUCAGGGAAGAAGAUGUCGAACACAGUCUACAAAACUGAGUCUGUGGUCUAUGCUAACAUCAGGAAGGAUUAAAAACUGGAAUAUUUUGGUUCGAUGUGAACAAACCCUGGACCAAUGCAUGUGUGAAUAUAUGUCAAUAUAUGUAAACAAAUUCUAUUUAGUCAUUGAAGAAAGCAUUGCAUGGUGAUAAAUGUCCGGUAUGCACAAGUCACUGUAGGAACUCACAAAGCGUACUGUGUGCUCCCCGCAUUUAAUUUAUAUACAAUCUGAAUGUUCUGUAGUGACCUGGUUUUAAAAUAUUCCUACAAUCAAACUGAUCCUGCAUCAUCGUUGAGGGGGUCCUACACCUUACAAAUGACACUGCUUGCAAUAGGCAUGCAAAAAUCUGAUAUAGUCCAUCCUACAAAAUAUAGUAAUCUUGUGAUGCAGUGUUUCUACAACUGCAAAAAACAACUAGUCCAGGCAAUCCAUGCUUUACUAUACUGAUUAGGGUAGAUUCCUUCUAGAGAUUGUAACCCUGGUCCUGGGGACCCCAUGUGUCCUCUGGGUUUCAUUCCAACUGAGCUCACGUUACUUAACUAGACCCUUAAUUGAACUAAUGAUUUGCUUAAUUAGACCUUUUUAAUUGUUCUCAGCUCCUAAUAAGUUGCAGUUCAAGUUACUUACAAAAUGUUAUAGCUAUCUUGAAAUCUGCAACUGUUUAGGAGCUGAAAACAAGUAAAAAGGUUUAAUUCAGCAAAUGUAUUUGUUCAAUUAAGGGUUUAGUUAAGUAAUUGAGAACUCAGCCGGGGUCCCCAGGACCAGGGUUUGGAAGCACUGUUGUAGGAUAAAGUCCGGACAAUCCCUUAUACAAGUUUGCCAUAAUAAAAGCACAGCCAGUUGUAAUCGACCGUAGUGAAGGACCAAGGAAAAAAUACAGUGGUAAACUUUUCUUGGGGACCGGAGUCUGCCCUCUGUAUACUGAAGGAUCUUCAUAUUGGGCUGUCAGCAGAUCCCAGAAACGCAUGCCAGGGCAACCGGCUUCAAAACCAUUGACCUUAAUGGAAACAAUUAAAUUACACUAAAAAGCACAUGCUGUAGUGUUGAGUGUAAUAUAUGAUAUCAAAAUGGUGAAGCAAAAUAUGAAACUACAUCAUGGGCUCAACACAGCAUUACUGGAGUUAUAUAUUGGCUAACUUAAUAUAUAUAAUAUAUAGCUGUUUUAAAUAGAUAUUUGAAUUAUUUAGGCUUAUCAUCCCACACCAAAACACAGCCUUUUAAAGUGAUUUCAGACAUCUCCUGUGUAUUUUUUUAUGUAUGUAUUUAUGACACUUCCUCGAUUUUAACUUCAAUUCACUCCAGUCUUAAAGAUGACCUUCCUUGUAAACGGUUAAAGUGUGCCUGUAGCCUGCAAUGAACAAUCCAAUACACACUUUAAUACAUGCCCACUACUUGCUGUAGCUCCCUUGUGCUGGAAUAGCAUUGGUUCUAAACUAGAACUGUGUUGGACAUGUAGAAUGUCGUAUAGGUGCUGUGCCAUGCAGGAUAAUGUCCGCCCCUCCUGAAGCCUUUACCACGAGUUGACUUUCUGGAUGCUUAGUCUGGGAGUGGGUUGAAAAUCGACUUUAUUCAUUUUAAUUUUAUACAAAACGAUCAAUAAAGCAGACCGCACAAGGAAAUCACAGAGUAAUACAUUCAGGACACCAUAAUCAUAAAAAAGGCCUGUUCUGUAUCAUUUUUAAAAAUUCAUUUAAACAGACUUUAAUCAGGUUUUAUUCCACAGUUGAAUUAAAGAGAUACAGACUUAUUAAUGAUGAUACUUUGCCUUAAAUUGCUGAUUGUUAAUUGUUGAGCUCUAAGCUUACAAACAUGAUCCAUGUGUUUAAUGUGAUGCCUUAAUAUGACAAGAAAGGGACUGAUGGCUGGUUUUACAGUCCUCAGGGCUGCGAAACCAGCCUGUCCUGUGGUAAAUUCUUAUUAAUUGUUUGUUUUUUUCAGAAUUCUUCCAGAGCUGUUCAGUAUCUUUCUCUAUCCUGGAAUUACUGGUUUAACGUGUUUUUAUUAUUAUUAUUAUUAUUAUUCUCAAACAACCUGCCUUGUUCAGAGAGAAGUGUGUGUGUGUGUUUCAGAAGGUACAUCUCAAUUCAGUUUAAACACAACCCUCAGUCAGCAUAGGAUGCUAUUUGGUGAAAAAUAAUAUAAAAUGUAAUCUGCAAGGAGUAUUUGCUGCUCAAUUUAAAACAAACAAACAAAAAAAUAAGGUAUUUUUUCUUGUUUUUAAUAUCUAAAAUUCUCCAACUUGCUAAAACAUUUGGACCCUAUGUGUAAAAUAAGAGUUUUGUUGCAUAUGACUCCAAAAAAUAUGUAAGCAACUUGCUAUAUGUGUUUUUUUUUUUUGUUUUUUUUUUACGAAAGCGGUAUAGUUAAGAAUUGUUUAGUCUUAAUGUAUAUAGCGACAAUAGUGUUUGCAAUUUGGAAGCUGCGUAAAAUCUUAACACAUCAAGAAUCGAUCAGGCAACAGAACCACAUAGUUCCUAGUAUGUUAGCAAUUUGUAAUUCAAUAAGAAAGAAAACGGUUAAGUAUGGUACAGAAUAAAAACUAAAAUAUGACAAAGCAUCCACAUCUCAACCCCCCCCCCAGUCAGUAGCCAGGCAUUUAACCAAUUAAAACAGUAGUUCUCAUGGUGCUUUGUUCAUUAGACUUGUGAAGCAUUAAUGUGUGUCUAUAUUGGUGCUGACUUUUAAUACAUUACAAAGCUCCUAGGCAAAUGCUGCAUACUGUAAUAGCAAACCCGAUAGGGGUGUAGUCCUAUUGCCACAAAAAUAUAGAAAAGCAUUGUACGUUUCGUGGAGACGCAUUCUAAAAACAUGUUGUGCAGGAGAGUGCCAAAGUUUUAUAAUCCAGUUUUCUUAACCUCUAGCACCAGAAAUAUGAUCGUUGAUUUUUUGAACAUGCAGAUGUUUCAAAUGGGGUGCUACAGGUAAAGGUUGGUGCCACUUCAUGCUACAGCACAUGGUGCUCUCCCAUGUGUUUUAUAGUUCAGAAUCACUGCGGUCAGACCACACGGCCUACAGCAAACGUGCCAGGAUGCAGCACUUUCUCUAUAGCAUUAGGAAAAACCACGCGAGGAGCCAAAACAUCUAAUCAAGCUAAUAGGAGGUAAGAAACUGGACUGUAGUGUGUGCACUACUCCUUUAAGGACAGUAAAGGAAAUCGGACUGGUCUGUCUCUUGACACUGUAGGGUGACAGCUCUGGCUAUAAAGAGGCUUUAAAUAAAAAACGGAAUAUCUCAUACUGCACAACAAUCUGCAUGGCUGUGUUUCAAAGGUUUGCUGUUGAUUUUCAGCUCCUUCUGGUCAUCAUGUACACACUUAAGUAUCUUUUUGUUUAUUUGUUUUGGUACUAAAACUGGAGUGUGAUUACAUAACGUGCCUUUUGUUUCCUUAUCAAUGUUUCCGUGGUUUUAUAUUUUCUUGCUUAACUAAAAUACAGAUUAUGUUUCUAAUGCUGUUGUCCUGUUUUUUUUUUACUGUUCCCAUAUGUGCUAAUUUUAUAUAAAGCUCGAUUCCCUGUU